AUGUGCAACAACAGAAAAGAAGACCACAGCUUUGACGCAGUUUAUUAAGUUUCAUAUAAUAGAAUACUUGAGUUCUGAGGUUUUUGGGCCUGGUUUCCCCUCAAAAACUGGGCCAAGUCUCUUCUUCUUUAAUGAAAACAGGCUCUCCCUGUCCUCUUCUAAGGCUUUUCCUCAAAAAAAGAAUACUUGAGUUCUUUAUGACUAAGCAACUAAAUAGUGUAGUUCACAAGUUUUACUUGGCAUACGUACCAUAAAAUGAAAUUAAAGGUAUGGUUUUUGCAAAAUGGCACACUUGUGUCAAUUAUCAUUUGAACCAGAAGAAAUAUCAGAUUUUUUUAAUUCUCCUUUUGUACAAAUACACGUUUGUUCAUUGCAAAACAGGGAUCCAAUUCACCUGCGGCACACAAGAACCAUUUCCAGAUGCUUCAAAAGAAGAAAAUGUGAAAAACAGGAGGAAAUCUUCUUAUGGAGAGGCAACUAUUUCACAACAUUUCACUUUCUCUUGGAUGAAUGGUCUUCUUGCUAAAGGUGCCAAUAAGCCUUUGAAUGAGGAUGACAUACCAGAUGUUGGUGAGGAGGAAAGUGCCCAACACAUCUCCAGAAUAUUCAGUAAUAUCAUUGUGAAAGGGAAUUUUCCUCUGACAGUUUCAUCGAUUUGUAAAGCAGCCUUCCUUCUCAUUUGGAAGAAGGCGGCACUCAAUGCAACCUUUGGAGUCCUAAGUGUAGUCGCCUCCUUUGUGGGGGCAUACUUAAUCAAGGACUUCGUGGGCUAUCUAAGUGGAGAUAAUGGAUUUGAAAGAGGCUACUCUCUUGUUCUUGUAUUUGUAGGUGCGAAGGCUAUUGAAACUCUUGCUUACAGACAAUGGUUCUUUGGAAGUCUACAGGUUUAUUUGCGCCUAAGAACAUCUCUGAUAUCUCAGGUAUACCAAAAGGUCCUUUAUUUAUCAAGCCAGUCAAGGCAGAAACAUACCUCAGGGGAGAUAAUUAACUAUGUGAGUGUUGACAUCGAGAGGAUUGUUAAUGUUGCAUGGUAUGUGAACAUGGUCUUCAUGAUGCCUAUACAGAUUACACUAGCAACUUAUAUUCUUUGGAAAAAUCUUGGUCUGGGUUCUUUAGCUGGAAUAGCAACAACAGCCAUAAUAAUGCUUUGCAAUAUUCCUUUUACAAGAAUCCAGAAAAGAUUGCACGCAGGAAUUAUGAAAGCAAAAGAUGACAGAAUGGACAUGACAUCUGAAGUUAUAAGAAGCAUGAAGAUCUUAAAACUUCAAGCUUGGGAUAUCCAAUACCUUAGGAAAUUGGAAUAUUUGAGGAAAGGAGAACAUUUGUGGUUGUGGGAAUUUCUAAGACUAAAAGCACUACUAGCAUUUAUGUUCUGGGGAGCACCCGCUGUCAUAUCAAUCAUGACAUUUGCUUCAUGCAUUCUGAUGGGAAUCCCUCUAACAGCUGGAAGAGUGUUGUCCACACUAGCAACUGUGAAUAUACUGAAGGAGCCUAUCUUUAGUCUACCAGAAUUGCUUACUGCCUUUGCACAGGGGAAGAUCUCAGCUGACAGAAUAGUGUCAUAUCUCCAAGAAGAAGAAAUAAGAUCUGAUGCAAUUGAGGAAGUAGCAAUAGACGAAAAUGAAUUUUCUGCAGAGAUUGAUCAGGGAGCAUUCAGUUGGAAAACUGAUGCAAAAAUCCCAACACUUCAAGAUAUACAUGUAAAGAUACACAAAGGGAUGAAAGUGGCAGUAUGUGGAGCUGUUGGGAGUGGAAAAUCUAGCCUGUUGUCAUGUGUACUUGGAGAGAUGCCAAAAGUGCAAGGAACGGUUAAGGUCUUUGGAACCAAAGCAUAUGUUCCACAGUCGUCAUGGAUACUUUCUGGGACUAUUAGAGAAAACAUUCUCUUUGGGAGCCCAUUUGAAACUGAUAGGUAUGAGCGGACAAUUGAAGCAUGUGCCUUGGUUAAAGACAUCGGAGUUUUCUCGGAUGGUGAUAUGACAGAUAUAGGAGAACGGGGAACGACUAUGAGUGGGGGACAAAAGCAACGGAUUCAAAUAGCAAGAGCAGUUUACAAGGAUGCUGAUGUCUACCUGUUUGAUGAUCCUUUCAGUGCUGUAGACCCUCAAACUGGGAGGCAUCUAUACAAGAAAUGCCUGAUGGGGGUCCUAAGGGAUAAAACUGUGUUAUACGUCACGCACCAAGUUGAAUUUCUAGUUGAUGCAGACCUUAUUAUGGUGAUGCAAAAUGGAAGGAUAGCACAAGCAGGGAAAUUUCAAGAACUCCAACAGAACAUGGCUUUUGGAGUUAUCUUUGGGGCUCACUUUUGUGCCGUCGAACAAGUUUGUAACGCAAAAGGCACAAGCAUAUAUUUGUCAAAGCAUCAUGCAGAAUCAGAAAAGGUACCAAGCAUCAAUGAGUCCGAUGCAGAAAAGGAAAUCAGCAGCAAAUGGCAAAACACAAAUAUGAUAAAUUGCAGACAAGAAGUAUUUAGAGAUAACACUGAAGAAGGGAAAUUGCUGCAGGGUGAAGAAAGAGAGAAUGGAUACAUUAGCAAGCAAGUGUAUUGGUCAUACCUCACAGCUGCUCGAGGUGGUCUUUUCAUUCCUAUGAUAAUUGCAGCACAAUGCUUCUUUCAGAUAUUUGAAGUGGGAAGCAACUAUUGGAUGGCAUCAGCUUGCCAUCCACGAACUGGAAGCAAAUCAAAAAUGGAAUCCACCCAGUUCAUGGUAUAUGUAUUUAUAUCAGUUGGCAGCGCCUUGUGUAUCUUGAUUCGAGCAGUUCUUGUAGCUGUAACCGGCCUCCUCACAUCAGAAAAAUUGUUCAAGAGCAUGAUGCAUUGCAUCUUUCAUGCUCCUAUGUCUUUCUUUGACUCGACACCUACAGGGCGAAUCUUAAACAGGGCUUCGAUUGAUCAAAGUGUGCUAGAUUUGGAGACAGCGUCAACAUUAAGUGAGAGCACAUUUUCAGUGAUGCAGUUUCUAGGAACAAUACUAAUCAUAUCAUAUGUUUCCUGGCCAGUUCUCAUUAUUUUUAUUCCAUCAAUAUUGAUUUGCAUCAGGUAUCAGAGAUAUUACAGUCUAACAGCAACAGAAUUAGCUCGCCUAUCAGGAAUUCAAAAGGCUCCAAUUCUUCAUCAUUUUGGGGAAACUUUCUAUGGAGCUGCAAUAAUUCGAGCAUUUCGCCAAGAAGACCGGUUCUACAGAUCAAAUCUGAGUCUACUUGACAAUCAUUCAAGACCAUGGUUUCACUUGAUGGCUGCAGUAGAAUGGCUCUCUUUCAGAAUGAAUUUGUUAUGCAACUUUGUCUUUGGGUUCUCGUUGGUUUUGCUUGUGCGUCUUCCACAAGGUUUUGUUAAUCCAAGCAUUGGUGGGCUGGUAGUGAUGUAUGCAUGGAAUUUGAAUACACAAUUAUCAGAAGCCACCCGGAAUAUAAGUCGUGCAGAAGCAAACAUGAUAUCAGUUGAAAGAAUAUUACAGUACACAAAGCUUCCAAGUGAAGCCCCAACCAUAACCGAGGGUAGCAAGCCACCAAUGGCAUGGCCAGAGUUUGGCAUGAUAAGCAUAAGCAACUUAGAGGUCAGAUAUGCAGAACAUCUCCCUUCAGUAUUAAAAAACAUAACUUGUGUGAUUCCAGCUGAGAAAACAGUAGGUAUUGUUGGACGCACAGGUAGUGGGAAGUCAACCUUAGUACAAGUACUUUUUCGGAUUGUUGAGCCAAGAGAAGGGACCAUCAAGAUUGACAGCAUCGACAUCUGCAAAAUUGGACUUCAUGAUCUGAGAUCGAGAAUAUGUAUUCUCCCACAGGAUCCGGUGAUGUUCGAUGGUACAAUCAGAGGAAAUCUUGAUCCCAUGAACGAGUACCCAGAUAGUAGGAUAUGGGAGGUAGUAGACAAGUGUCAGCUUGGCAAUGUGGUGCGCUCGACUGAGAAAAAGCUGGAUGAAAUAGUAAUUGAAAAUGGGGACAACUGGAGCAUGGGACAGCGACAACUAUUUUGUUUAGGCAGAAUUCUCCUGAGGAAGAGCAAGAUACUAGUCCUUGAUGAGGCAACUGCUUCAGUUGACUCUGCUACAGACCGGAUUAUUCAAGAGAUAAUUCGUCAAGAAUUCAAAGAUUGCACAGUGCUUGCAAUUGCCCAUAGGAUGAACACUGUUAUUGAUAGUGACCUUAUUCUUGUUCUUGGUGAAGGUAGUAUUUUAGAAUACGACACCCCCACCAAACUGCUCCAGAGAGAGGACUCUACAUUCUCUAAGCUAACCAAAGAGUACUCACAACAAUCGCAGCACUUCAAGUCUUCAACGGCAAUGCACAGGAUGGGUAGCUACUAAUUUUCCUGAAGACAUACUACAUUCUACAUGGCUAUAUUCCCCACGACACACCUGAAGUAUCCGCGCCACAGCAACUCAGCAAGGGGCAGGGAAUUGCUUCGUAGUCCAAGUAAAAUUUUCUAAAUGUUGCAUGUAAAACCUAUGAAUAGCAAAACAGCGUAAAUGAUUAAUUUACAGAAAAAUGGCACUACCUUAGCUUGUGAUUCCCAGAUAAGAAAA